AUGAGUGCCAACAGUUUGUUCGACACGCAGUUUGUGAUCAAGGAGAUUGAUCCAGACGGCAAAAAGUUCGACCGAGUCUCGCGCAUUGUCGCGCACUCGCCCACGCUCGACAUGACGCUGUCGAUCGAUAUCGCUACGGACAUCUACCCUGUGCACGUGGGCCAGUCGCUCGCGUUCCAGCUCGUGUCGUCGCUGCGCCGCGAGAAGGCCGAUGCAGAGGCGGACGCAGCGGCGGACCACGACGCCUGGCGCCUCGAUACAGACGACACAUCGCUGGCGAAGGACUUUGACUAUGUCAUGUACGGCAAGAUUUUCAAGUACGACGAGCGCAGUGCGGAGCAGGUCACGGUCUACGGCUCGUUCGGCGGCCUGCUUAUGGCGCUCACCGGCUCGUUCCGCCACCUCAGCAAGAUCACCGUCGGCGCCCAUGUCUACCUGCUCGUCCGCUAG